UUUAAGACUGGAGAAUAAGCUAAUACAAAUAGGAAAGAAAGUUUUCUCUCCAUGUUUCCUCCGAUAAACGCUCUCUGCCUGCAAAUUCUUCAACCACUGCUCUUAUUCUAUAUUUCUGUAUUAACUGUCUUCUUCUUCUUCUCCUUCAAUUUGUUCUCCAUAGGUCUCGUCCUUUUUCUUUCAUUGUUUCUUCUAGUCAUGUCUGCAAUGAGAAGAUGGAAGAAGCUCACACGCAUUCCUCUCCUUUUUUCUCGUCCUGAUCGCUCUCUCCACCGUUUCCUUCAGCUUUCCACAAUCUCUUACCAUUUAAACUAUCUCAACGUUGGAUGCAACCGCCGGAGAGAGUCGCUUAUCGGACUUCAAGAGAGAUACACUUGGAACCAUGGCUUUGGCUCCGGCGGUGGUAAUUCCAAUGAUGGCGAUUCUGAUAUUCGUAAAAUUAGGGCCGAAACCAAUUGCCCUCGCUGUUCCAAGCAUAUGGAUCUCCUCUUCUCUAAUCGCCACUUUCCUUCCUCUAAUCUUGAUUUGAAUCCCAAUCACCAUUACUCCAAUCGUGGAGGACCUAAUAGUGAUAACAGCAGCCAUCAGGCCGUUAAUUUUUGCCCCAGUUGUAAAACCGCCUAUUACUUUCGUCCUUACAAGAUUGCUCCUCUUCAGGGUAGCUUUAUUGAAAUUGGCAGAGUUAGUAACAAUAAACCAAAGAACAGAAACUCCUCCAAACAAUCCAAUAAUAACGCCGCUGAGGAUUCCCAGGAGGAUUACACCAAUGGACUCAGGGCUUCCUUUUGGGAUACUCUCAGGACCUACGCAGGGGACCCACCUGAGAAUUGGCCGCCCCCUGGUGAGAAUGUCCUUGCAGUUCAUACUCCACCUGGCCCGCCAUUUGCUCCCGGGGUUAAUGUGAUUAGAGCCACUGGACCAGCUGGAGGAGGGGAAAGGACUGCUGGAUGGGGUGGAUCUAAUUUGGGGAAGGAUUUGCCCACGCCAAAGGAGAUUUGCAAGGGACUUGAUAAGUUCGUUAUAGGUCAAGACAGAGCCAAAAAGGUGCUUUCUGUGGCUGUCUACAACCACUAUAAGAGGAUUUACCAUGCCUCUUUGCAGAAAGGGUCCGAAGCAGAAUCAGGAAUUUCAGAUGCAAUGGACGAUGAUUCUAAUGUGGAGCUAGAUAAAAGCAAUGUUCUUUUGAUGGGCCCAACUGGCUCAGGCAAGACAUUGCUUGCAAAAACACUAGCGCGCUUUGUUAAUGUACCAUUUGUCAUUUCUGAUGCGACAGCCUUAACUCAGGCUGGAUAUGUUGGUGAAGAUGUUGAGUCCAUAUUGUAUAAACUACUUGUGGUUGCUGAUUUCAAUGUGCAAGCAGCUCAGCAAGGGAUAGUCUACAUUGAUGAAGUUGACAAAAUAACUAAGAAGGCUGAGAGUUUAAACAUUAGCAGAGAUGUUUCAGGUGAGGGUGUCCAGCAAGCAUUAUUGAAAAUGCUAGAAGGAACUAUAGUGAAUGUUCCUGAGAAGGGAGCAAGGAAGCAUCCUCGAGGUGAUAACAUACAGAUAGAUACAAAGGAUAUCCUGUUUAUAGUUGGUGGAGCAUUCGUGGAUCUUGAUAAGACCGUUUCAGAGAGACGGCAAGAUUCCUCAAUUGGAUUUGGAGCACCUGUUCGUGCUAACAUGAGAGCAGGUGGAGUAACUAAUGCUGCAGUCACAUCAUCUUUGCUUGAAUCUGCUGAGAGUGCUGAUCUUGUAGCAUAUGGCCUUAUACCAGAGUUUGUUGGUCGUUUUCCUAUAUUAGUUAGCUUGUUAGCUCUCACCGAGGACCAACUUGUGCAGGUCCUCACAGAACCAAAAAAUGCUCUAGGCAAGCAGUACAAGAAAUUAUUUAGCAUGAAUACUGUGAAGCUACAUUUUACAGAAAAAGCACUAAGAUUGAUUGCCCAAAAGGCAAUGGCUAAGAAUACUGGUGCUAGGGGUUUAAGAGCCAUACUAGAGAGUAUUCUAACUGAAGCCAUGUAUGAGAUUCCUGAUGUGAAAACAGGAGGUGAUAGAGUGGAUGCAGUGGUAGUUGAUGAGGAGUCUGUAGGUUCAGUGAAUGCUCCUGGAUGUGGUGGGAAAGUUCUUUGUGGAGAUUGUGCAUUGGAGCGUUUCCUUGCAGAAUAUAAGUUGAAGGAAACAGCGGAAAAUUCUGAGGCUCCUGAUGCAGAGUUGCAAGAAGUUGAAUCGGAUGUAUCAUCGAGAGCCAUAAGCAUGUAACAUUUACUAUACAGUAGUCAGUCAUUGUUUCCAUUUUUUACAUGUAAAAAUAUACUGACUAUAUAUAUAUAUAUAUA